AUGGAGGGCGCCGACUCGCGCGCGUUGGUGAGGACGGGGACCCCAUCGGCGUCACCGCAAGGCCUGCACGUGGCCAAGGGCGCACUGCUUCUGCAGGCUGUGAUGGACCGGCGCACCACUUUGUAUAAUCGCGCCGUCACCCAUUACCACAAGGCCAAGCUGGACCGGGCCGACUUGGCCCGCGAGCUGGAAGCCGUCAAGGUUGAAGCCGCCAAGGUCCCGCAGCUGGAGUCGGAUCUCCGAGCCGCUCGCGCCCAGUGCGCCGAGAGCGAGGAGGCGGGCCGAUCCGCCGCCGGCAAGCUCAAGCUGGCUGAGCAGGAGCUGACGCGGCUGCGCCUGCUGGAGCAGAACCACCUCACCGAGCUCAACUCCCUCAGGACGGCGGAGAAGGAGAAGGUGGAUGAUCUGAGCCGGCGGCUGACGGAGGUGGAGAAGCAGCGGCUUGCGCUGCAGGAGGAGGUCACCGCCAAGUCCACAGAGCUGCUGGAUGGAAUCAAUCCGUUCAUCUUCUUUUCUGCACCACAUCUUCUUUCCUAUCUUCUCACACCUCAUAGGAAAUCAAUUUAUCUCUAUAUUAUUUGCUCUCUUAGUCUAUCUGAAUGUCUUAUGUCUUCCUUCUACGUCAGCUUCAACCACCGCAGAAAACUCGAUAUGCAAGUCACCGCUGGUGCUGCUAGUGCAGCACAACCAGGUCAAGUUGUGUAG